CUCUCUCUCCAACAGGACCUGUCGUUGCUGAACUGUGAAGUGUGUUUGCUGGUGUUCUCAGUGACAGACAGGCGCAGUUUCCAUCGUGCAGCACAACUCCGCCUCCAACUGCGCGAGAGUCACCCCCAAACCCCCAUCAUCCUCGUGGGGAACAAGACUGACCUGGUGAGGUCACGGGAGGUCAGCGCAGAGGAGGCUCAUUCCAGUGCUCUCCUGUUUGAGUGUCAGUACUAUGAGAUCUCUGCUUCUCUGGAUCACUGCACCUCCGAGCUCCUCGAGGGAGCUGUCCGCUGUGCACGGGGCUGGUCCACCUGGCAACCAGGCAGCGGGGUCGGUGGUGUGUUUGGGCUGGUCAGAAGGGAGAGUCUGACCUCACGGGCUAAGAGGUUUCUGUCCAGUCUAGUUCCACGUUAUCCCAGUAGUGCAGGACGAUUCUUUCGGCAGAAGUCACGUUCUUGUCAUGAUCUUAGCUCUCUGUGAUACUGAGAGGGAAGGAGAGACACUGAGAAGAUAAGGAAACACUGAACAUAGAAACCUAUACAAGACAAAGAUUAAUAAAAACCCUGAAAUAAACACUAGAGACUCUCUUUAUAAAGAGAGAUUAAUACAGACCCUAAUAUAGACCCUAGAGACACCCCUCACACAGAGAGAUUAAUACAGACCCUAAUAUAGA